AAUAAAUAAAGAUAAAAGGAAAGAGAGGUCACUGAACAAACGAGAGAGCAUAGCUAAAGUCAAGGUACGCUUUCAUUUAUCCAUGGCGGAGAAGAGUUUCAAGUACGUCAUCCUCGGCGGUGGUGUGGCUGCUGGAUAUGCAGCGAGGGAGUUUGCCAAGCAGGGAGUUCAGCCUGGUGAGCUAGCAAUUAUUUCCAAGGAAGCGGUGGCUCCAUAUGAACGUCCUGCUCUGAGUAAAGCGUAUCUCUUCCCUGAAGGAGCUGCAAGACUUCCUGGUUUCCAUGUCUGUGUUGGAAGCGGUGGAGAGAGAUUACUUCCGGAGUGGUACAAGGAAAAAGGGAUUCAAUUGAUCCUUAGCACUGAAAUUGUGAAGGCAGAUCUUCCUGCCAAGACUCUAGUUAGCGCAGCUGGAGAAACAUUCAAGUAUCAAAUUUUGAUCAUUGCAACUGGUUCCACAGUUAUAAGGUUGACAGAUUUUGGCGUUCAAGGAGCUGAUGCUAAAAACAUCUUUUACUUGAGAGAAAUUGACGAUGCUGAUAAGUUAGUAGAAGCAAUCAAAGCAAAGAAGAAUGGCAAGGCUGUUAUCGUUGGGGGAGGCUAUAUUGGUCUUGAACUUGGUGCAAUAAUGAACAUUAACAGUUUUGAUGUCAGCAUGGUGUUCCCUGAACCAUGGUGCAUGCCCCGGCUUUUCACCUCGGACAUCGCAGCUUUCUAUGAGGAUUAUUACACUAAUAAAGGGAUCAAAAUUAUAAAGGGAACAGUUGCAGUUGGUUUCACCGUUGACUCAAAUGGAGAGGUGAAGGAAGUUAAACUCAAGGAUGGCAGAGUUCUGGAAGUGGACAUUGUCGUUGUCGGUGUUGGUGGAAGGCCUCUUACAACAUUAUUCAAAGGGCAGGUUGAAGAGGAAAAGGGUGGAAUAAAGACUGAUGCUUUUUUCAAAACAAGUGUUCCCGAUGUAUAUGCUGUGGGUGAUUUAGCCACUUUUCCUCUCAAGUUAUACAAUGAGUUGAGAAGGGUUGAACAUGUAGACCACGCCCGAAAAUCAGCUGAACAGGCGGUAAAGGCCAUCAAGGCAAGUGAGGAGGGGAAAUCUGUUGAUGAAUAUGACUACCUACCAUACUUCUAUUCUCGUUCCUUUGAUCUAGCAUGGCAAUUCUACGGUGACAAUGUCGGAGAUUCAGUGAUUUUUGGAGACAACAACCCGAAAUCACCAAAGGCGAAAUUCGGAUCUUACUGGAUCAAAGAUGGGAAGGUGGUUGGAGCUUUCUUAGAGGGCGGCACUGCUGAAGAAAACCAGGCUAUUGCUAAAGUUGCUAAGCUUCAGCCUUCAGUUCAAAGUUUGGAUGCCCUGAAAAGUGAAGGUCUUUCUUUCGCCUGUAAGAUCUGAUGAUUAAUACCUGCCACGCGUUCCAACAAAUAUGAUCGUUGCUUCCUUAUUGCACCAGGACCAUAUAGAUAAAGACUUGGAAUAAGUUUCCUUUGGAUUCAGCACAUGAUUAUGCGCUUUGCUUUGCUUUCUUAUAUGAAUAAUUAAGAUUUAUAUUUUGGCUAAAAGCU